AUGUCACUUUACUCAAGGCUCAUCGUUCGACUCAAGCUCGUUCCGAACUCACACAUCCGAUACAACUCUACUGUGGCGAGAAAAACCAUCAGGAAAACGAAUUUACAAAAAGAUCUACCUCCGCCAGAAGAGAGAAUCGUGCUCCCUCCUGUCUCCCAAUGGCGAGCGUUAUUCCCGCCAACACUGAAAACUACCAAGAAAAGAGUCUCAAUAGCAAAUCCAAGUACAGCUGAUAAGGUGGCAAACGCCUUUGUUCCGGAUGGUGUCAAGGGCAAAGUCAUUAUCGAGACAUUUCCAGGACCGGGACAACUGACGAGGGCGCUCUUAAGGCUCCCAAAAGAGCGUAUAGAAAGACUCAUUGUACUCGAAGAAGAUCCUUGGUUCCUCAACUAUUUGGAGUCACUCGAAGAGGUAGAUCCACGUUUAAAGGUUAUUCCUGCUAGUGGAAUGAACUGGGAAUCAUACGAUAUUGCUGGUAGCCAGGGUCUUCUGGACGGGGUCAGUGAAAUUGGGUGGGAUGCAGGAGUUCACCCACAACUUCAACACAUAACUCAUCUCCCGGUCAACGUUCAUGGUGAACAGCUCAUUGCUCAGUACAUCCGUUUCAUACCGGACCAACAUUGGUUGUUCAAAUACGGACGCGUCCCGAUGAGCUUCCUACUCAAUGAUCACGUCUGGCAGCGUUUGGUAUCCAGAGAUUUACAAUUACGGUGUAAAUUGACCGCCGUCGCAGAUGCUAUGGUAGAUUGUCAGCAACAACUGUACGAUGAGCUACAGCCGUAUCGAGACCAUUUUUUCCCCAUUAGAUCUCCGACCGCGACCAAUAGGGCUGGCUUACCAUUCCUCGCUGUUUCCGUGAUACCCAAGGAGAAUCCGCUUAUUGAAGCUGGAGACAUGGAGAUCUGGGACUACUGCUUGAGGCGGUUAUUUGUGCAAAGAGCAACGCCUAUAGCGAAGGCCAUCUCUGCACUGGGUCCCGGUUCUCAAGUCCUCAUUGAGAAGACAAGGGGGGUUAUUGACCCUUGUACUCAUCCUCGAGAACUCUCUAUGCUACAGUGGGCAGAGUUGGUCAAAGCAUUCAAGGACUGGCCGUUUGCUCCGACAGUGCGUGCUUAUAUUUCUGUUGGCAUUUGA